AUGAAGGAGAUCUCAAACGAAGGUCACCUUUACACGGUCUACGAACGACAUUCCGUACGAGAUAAUUACGAUACGGAACGCCGCCCUCGCGGGUAUAUUGAGGAAAUACCCUCACGCUCGGGUAGUGACAGAAACAAUGAGGAGGGGGAUGCGGAGUACGAAGUAGAAGUGGAGGAGCCCAUGGAUGAAAGCCCGCACCUCUCUCAGAGCCCAAGAGAUGGAGGCUCAUAUAGCGGCGGCUACCUAUCCUCUAACACCUAUUCGGACCCGCCUCCCGCUCCUAGGAGCCCCGCCAACUAUAACCCAUCUUACAACUCACGCUACUGUGAGUAUGAAUACGAAUACGCCAGAUGGUAUUCUAGGUGGUCAUAG